AUGUCGAAUAACAACCUUGUUGAAACACCGGCCAAUGCGACGGGGUACAUACCAUCAACGACAUUAACCCCGUUUGCCACCUCAAAUAUAGCCGGGAAUACCAAUAUAAAUACGAAUAUUAGCCCCUCUACCUCUUCGGAUAACACUGGGGCUGCUAGUACUACCGCGGACUCGAAUCUCAACCCCCGCAGUUGUGUGACCUGUCGUCGCCGCAAGGUACGCUGUAACAAAACGGAGCCAUGCUCCAACUGUGUCAAAGCCGGCAUUGAAUGCAUCUUCCCUGGUCCCGGUCGUGCGCCAAGGAAACCGCGGCGGUCGCCCGAUGUUGAGUUAUUGUCGCGAUUGAGGAGGUUGGAAGGCGUCGUUGAGAGUCUGGGGGGAACAGAGGCGAUUGAGAAGCUGAUUGCGGCGAGAUUGACGGAUAAUCCAUCGGCGAUCGACAACAAUAAUAAUAACACCCCAAAUCCGUCCGGGCCGCCUGGUGUUGAGAAUAAAACUGGACAGGCAGUCUGGAGUUUAGAUUCUACGCAAAAGAAUGAAGUGCACCAGGAGUUGGGACGCUUGGUCAUUGAUGAUUCAAAGAGCGUUUAUAUGAGUGAUCGCAUGUAUACCAGUCUCGGCACUCAGAUCGAGGAACUGGAGCAAAUUCUUGAAUCCCCCAGCGAAGAAGAUGUCGAAAACGAGACUUCGCCCGAAGACUCGUCGCAAUCACCCAAUAGCCGCAACCACGAUGGCUUUCUGUUCGGAUACAGCUCGCUCGCCCAUAGUUUGCGCAACUACCAUCCUACCCCGACACAAGCAUUUAUUCUGUGGAAAACAUAUGAGCAGAAUGUGGCUCCCUUAUUGAUGGUCGUCCACAAACCGACUGUUCGCAAUCUGAUAAUCAAUGCAGCUAUGAACGGAGAUUCCCUAGAUAAAAGCAACGAGGCACUUGUUUUUGUUAUUUAUCUUGCCGCUGUCAUUAGCAUGCCUCCAGAGCAAUGUCUCGCAGAAUUAGGAGAUGACCGUGAUACUACAAUAAGUCGAUUCCGCUUUGCGACUGAGCAGGCUCUUGCAAGAGCAAACCUGCUGAAUUCGCUGAAUAUAAAUCUACUACAGGCUGCGGUUCUGUUCACCUCGUGUGUCCACAGACUUGAUCACAAUCGAUUUGUCUGGACAAUGGCUUCUGUUAUACUUCGACUGGCGACUGGUCUGGGCCUUCACCGCGACGGGACUCAUUUUGGGCUGAGCCCAUUUGAGACCGAAAUGCGCCGUCGAUUAUGGUGGCAUAUAGUCAUUGCGGAUGUGCGCACGUCGGAGGAUCACGGCACCGAUCCCAUGAUUAACGAAUGGAUGUACGACACGAGGAUGCCCCUCAAUAUUAACGAUGACGAUAUCAACCCAGAAUCCAAGACCUUUCCUCCCGAGCGCGCUGCAUUUACGGAUAUGACUUUUACCCUGAUUCGGUGCCAUGUUUCGAAAAACUAUCGCCACUUGAUUCAUAUCCCCCUGGGAAAAAACUCGGUCGCGCCAACUUUGGAGGAUCGCAAAAAGACGGUGGAAGGCUUGCACAAUACAUUGAAUGAGAAAUUCGUCAAGUACUGUGACAUGCAAGAGCCGCUUCAAUGGGCCUGUGCAACCAUGGCUCGACUGGUAGUGGCCAAGUUGUGGCUGGUUGUACAUCAUCCCAUGAUCAAGAACAAUCUUACAUCGCUGUCCGUCGAAGACCGCAAUAGGAUACUGCUAACUUCGAUCGAAGUGAUCGAAUUUACCCGACUCAUGGAAACGAGCGAAGCCACAAGACGCUGGGGCUGGCUCCUGGGGUCCUAUGUUCAAUGGCAUGCGAUUGCAUUUGUGCUUGCGGAACUGUGCGUUCGACCGAGAUGUCCAGGGGUGGAUCGUGCUUGGCUUGCGAUUGAUUCGACGUUCCAUGAAUGGGAGCGCAAGUCGAUGGGGAAGAAGGGGUCUUUGUGGCGGCCGUUGACAAAGUUAUAUAACAAAGCGCAAGCGUCUCGUGCGAAGGGGUAUGGACCGCCGGGAGCUGGUUGUUUGGGGAUGGCUCAGAAUCUACUUGAUAUUCAACAAUCGCAACUACAGCAGCACCAACACCAACACCAACAACAGCCACAGCCACACCAACAACAAAUAAGUCUACCACAACAAUCGAAACCAGACCAGCAGUGGCAAAAAAGUACUAGCAACAGUCCAUACCAAAGAGAUGGAAACAUGUCUCAAUUCUCUAGCCCAGGACAAUUAUCUCACUCCUCUGAUCCCAAGUAUCCCAUAUCGGCACCUUUCAUUCAAACACCAUCAACGAGCAAGACCGAUACUACCAAGCCCACACCCGAACUCAACCUUGAUCUCAGCAAGAAUAUGCCCGAUAUUUUGAGUGAUUUCAUGCCUGCAUAUACCAUGGCCAUGUCGAAUACUUCUGGCGACCACAACAUGUCCAACAUGUCCAACAUGUCCAACGUCUCAAACAUUAAUACCAUCAUCCCACUUACCACCACCAAUAUAAAUCCUACUACCAAUAUAGCUUAUCCAACAACAUCGGCAUUCUCUGCUAAUAAUACCGCAUACAUGAAUCCAAACGACAACAUCUGGCUACAAGACAAGCCGAAUGCGUUUGAGAUGCCCAUGGAUUGGGAACAGUUUGAUGAUGUGAUGCGCGAUUUUCAGCAGGAGUUUGAGCAGGUUGCCGGGCUGGGCUCGGGGGACUCUCAGAUACGGUUUAUGUGA